AUGGAGUCACAUUUUGUAGUUCGAUAUCAAUUAAUCAGAUUCUCUCAUGAUAUUUAUUAUUUUCUACUCUUUCUUUUAAUUUUUUAUGAUGAAUUAAUUUAUGAAAAUAUUUUUACCCUUCUCUCUCUUAAUUAUUCAUAUCCUUUCAAUUUCAUAAAUGUCUAAGGGCACUGCUUAAUUCUUAAAAUAUUUGUUCCCUUCUUCGCUUAUCAAAAACAAAAUAAGGAUUCCUAACUUCAAAAAGCCUUCACCUUAAUGGAACAGGUUUAAAAUAUUUAUUUGACAGAUACUGGCAAACAAUCCAACAUCAUCAUCUCCUAAGAAACUAGUCUCAGGAGGAUUGUUGGUUUUGCUUGUUAGAUGUAGCACUUAAAAAUUGAACCCAAUUCCACUUUAGAAUCUAUUCUUUAAUCUCUUCACAAUCACGUUUCCUAAGUUAACGAGGAAGGAUCUGUAAGGAGCGAUUUAUUCCAGGCUUCAUUUAAUUAAUAAUAUAUAAAGAAUCGAUGGGUGGAAAUCAUCAAUUAGAAUAUAUAAGGAUAUUCUUAAAAGAUACUAUUGUUCAUUUAUAGGAGGCAAAUUUUAAUCGGAGCAGCCAGGCCUAAAGAAGAGAAUUUGGACUCAAUUAGUAUCAAGUCUUAGACAGGCAAGGGAGGGAUGGAGGGAAAGCCUGAAGAGACAAUGGAAUUUAAUGAUCCAACUGAGCAUAGGCCUCUCACCAAAUAUUUAUGGAUUCCUGAAAUAUGCAUGUAUGCUCAAAAAUUUAUUUUUUGUGAUAUUGUUUUGGAAAACUUUCUGAUUCUGUGCUAAAGAAUUAUUUUUAGCUUUUCUGCCCUUAUAUUCUAAGGAGUUCUAAAAUACUUCACAGCAUUCAAAGAAUUUAAGACCUAAGAAAGGAAGGGUUAAUUAUGA